UAGUAGUUUCGUAAUAUUCGGAUCAUAAAAGCAAUACGUUUGGGCCUACAUAUAUCCAAUCAGCCCAAAUUUCAGGCCCAGAUUCAUUAUAUCAUUAUACCUGGGCCAUACAUAUGCAUACAAACAAAGGAAGUGACCGAAAUUAUUAAAUUAUUAAAAAACUUAAAUCAGAUUAAUUUCCAUGAAAUUCUGAACACCUAAACGCACUGUUACUUGAGUAACGACAACCGCCGGCCACCGCAUCACGCCGCCCGCUCCGCCGCUACAAUGACGGAAUUCCUAGACCUCGAAUUACAGGACUCCGUCCGCAUGCCCUGGAACGUCCUCCCCGGCACUAAAGCCCACGCUGCGAACUGCGCCAUCCCGAUCGCCGCCAUCUACACGCCGCUAAAGGCGCUCCCCGAGGCCACGCCGCUCCUCCCUUACUCGGCGCUCCGAUGCCGCAGCUGCCGAUCCGUGAUCAAUCCGUUCUCGAUCGUCGAUUUCUCCUCCGUGAACAAGAUAUGGAUCUGCAGCUUCUGCCUCCAGCGCAACCACUUUCCGCCGCAUUAUCAGUCGAUUUCGGAGCAGAAUUUCCCGGCUGAGCUAUUCCCGCAAUAUACGACUAUUGAGUACGAGCCUCCUGCUUCUCAGCCGCAGGAGAAGGCGCAGCCUGGGAGCAGUAAUGUAUUUUUGUUUGUGGUGGAUACUUGUGUUAUCGAGGAGGAGUUGGGGUAUUUGAAGUCCGCUUUAUUGCAGGUGUUGGGAAUGGUGCCUGAGAAUUGUUUGAUCGGGUUGAUUACAUUUGGUACAUAUGUGCACGUUCAUGAGCUCGGCUUUGGGCCGAUUCCAAAAGUUCAUGUGUUCAAGGGGACAAAGGAGGUGACUAAGGAUCAGUUAUUGGAGCAGAUGGGCUUCUUUACGAAAAGACCAAGGCCGACUUCAGGUGUCAUUGCUGGAGUGAGAGAUGGGUUGUCACAGGAGAGUGUUGCAAGGUUCUUGAAACCUGCGUCCGAUUGUGAGUUCGCUCUUAAUUCGAUAUUAGAGGAGCUUCAGAAAGAUCCUUGGCCAGUUCCAUCUGAUCAACGUGCUGCUAGGUGUACUGGUGCAGCAUUGAGUCUGGCUGCUCAUUUGCUGGGGGCAUGUGUCCCCGGUACUGGCGCUAGAAUUAUGGCAUUUUUGGGUGGACCCUCAACAGAGGGGCCAGGAGCUAUAGUGUCCAAAAGUCUAUCUGAACCUAUACGUUCUCACAAGGACCUGGACAAAGAUUCAGCUCCUCACUACCACAAAGCUGUGAAGUUUUAUGAAGCACUUUCAAAACAACUUGUUCAUCAGGGACAUGUGCUAGAUAUUUUUGCUUGUGCACUUGAUCAGGUUGGAGUUGCUGAGCUUAAAGUAGCAGUUGAAAAGACUGGAGGGCUUGUUGUUCUUGCUGAAAGUUUUGGCCAUUCAGUUUUCAAGGAUUCCCUACGAUGUAUUUUCCAAGCUGGCGAUCAUGAUCUGGGACUGGCAUCAAAUGGUAUAUUUGAGAUCAACUGCUCAAAAGAUAUCAAAAUUCAGGGAAUAAUUGGGCCUUGUGCAUCACUUGAUAAGAAAGGUCCUUUGUGCUCUGAAACUGUUAUUGGCCAAGGGAAUACCACUGCAUGGAAGUUAUGUGGCCUUGACAAAAAUACUUCAUUGUGUAUAAUAUUUGAUGUUGCCAAGAAAGAGAGCCCAGACAUUAUUGCUCAAUCAGCAAACAACCAGUUUUAUUUCCAGUUUCUGACCUAUUAUCAACACAGCAAUGGGCAAAUGAGACUCCGUGCCACCACUCUAUCCAGAAGAUGGGUUGCUGGACCUGGGAUCAAAGAUGAACUAAUAUCUGGAUUUGACCAAGAAGCAGCUGCUGUAGUAAUGGCACGCCAAGUUUCUUUCAAAAUGGAAACUGAGGCUGAAUUUGACCCUAUAAGGUGGCUUGAUAAAUCAUUGAUACAUGUAUGUACACAAUUCGGAGAGUACCAGAAGGAUAACCCAUCUUCUUUUGGUUUAUCCCCUAGAUUAUCAAUAUUUCCUCAGUUCAUGUUCCACCUGCGGCGUUCACAAUUUGUCCAGGUCUUCAACAAUAGCCCAGAUGAGACAGCAUACUUUAGGAUGAUUCUGAAUAGAGAAAAUGUAUCUAAUUCAGUUGUCAUGAUUCAACCUUCCUUGAUCUCUUACUCUUUCAACUCAGGGCCAGAAGCUGCACUUCUCGAUGUGGUUUCUAUUGCUGCUGAUAAAAUCCUUCUUCUUGAUUCGUAUUUCACUAUUGUUGUAUUUCAUGGAUCAACUAUUGCUCAAUGGCGAAAAGCUGGAUAUCAUGAAUUGCCUGAACAUCAGGCCUUCGCUCAAUUGCUACAAGCUCCCCGGAACGACACAGAUGCCAUAAUAAGAGAAAGAUUCCCAGUUCCUCGCCUUGUAAUCUGUGAUCAACAUGGCUCUCAGGCCCGUUUUCUGCUAGCGAAGUUAAAUCCUUCAGCUACUUAUAAUUCAGAUGUUCAAGCAGCUCCUGGAGGUGAUAUCAUUUUCACUGAUGAUGUCAGCUUUGAGGUCUUCUCAGAUCACCUUCAGCGCUUGGCAGUUCAAUAGAGUGGUACUUACAACAUUUUCUGAGGGACCCCUGCAGAAAUGAACAUCUUCUUGUACACAUCUAUGGGUAGACAAUAGAUACUCCUUCAGAUGGAAAACUUCUUCAUACCUGUCCGCACCUUUGGGAUUUCAAUAACAUCCCCUUCUUCAGAGAGUCUUCCAUACCCUUACUGAUCAUAGACGGAACUUGUAACUCCACUACAUGCUAACUAAUCAGCUUAAGGCUUGGGUGAUCCUCAUAACUACCAUGACAAGAACGUCCAGCUACCUUCGCCCACCGAUAAGAUGCAUUUGGAUAGGAAGGAAGCCGCUGCCAAACUCUAGUUGAGCAUCCGAAUCUGGGUCAAUGUCGGCAAAAUCAAAGAAGAAAUGCAAAGCAAACAAAGCAUGCUUGAAAGUAACAUACCAAGUUAGAACUUAGGCACACAUCCAACUGUGUAUGAACUGUUCCUAUAGUCAAUAAUUUCAUUGCAAAGCAAGAGGCAGGCUACAAUUAUUCAGUUGAUUCGUUUUAAUUAUCACUUAGUGGUUCAGGCAUCUCUUUGCUUAACACACCGAGUUCGAACUUAGUUUCUAAAUAAAUGUAUCGACAAGAUCCACUUUUUACCUAUAUUGAUGAUCCAAAUGGUAGACUUUGGCAAUGUUAAUAGCGGCACCAUAUAUCACAUAUUACUGAAAGGACUGAACAAGAGUCUCUCUCUUUCCCAAUCUCCUGGAGAUAACAUGACAAGAUACACAUUUUGUCAUGAAGGUUUUUAUUGUGUUUAUUUCCUGGGAUGGUACCUAGAAUAUACUCUUAAAUAGUGAUUGAUGAAAGUGGUCCAGGGACCAAUUUGUAUACAAUGUAUGCAGCUA